UAUUUAAUUAAGAUUCAUGAGUUGAGUGACAUUUUCAGUAUUUGUAAAACAUUUUAGUGAUAUAAAUGCAUUUUAUUUGAACAACACCAGGUCAUUAGUUAAAAUGUAAUAAAAGCCUCCAGCUCCUGUUUUUAACCUCUGACCCCUCAGACUGAUCCCGCGACCCCUGCGGGUCCCCGAGCCUCCGCUUGAACCGCUGCUCCAUGUCUCUUCGCGUGCCCGUGAGUGUUUCCACAUUUGCGCGUGCCUUCAGUAGAAACCUGGCUGGGAUUCAGGAAGCAGCCAAUCAGAGGGCUCCUGGCGGAAAACACGGCGGUCAGGAAGAACCGGUCCGGACGGAUUCGGUUCAGCACCUGCUGGCGCUCCUGGUUCUACUCCCGGCUCGGUUCCGGUUCGUCUGGGCCGCAUUCCCAUCUGACCCGGAGAGAGAGGCGGUACCGACGGACAGCGGGAGGCAGCACCUGAGCGGAUCCCGACAAAGUGAACGAAACUCCGGCGGACACCUGCUGGUGCUGGCCGAACCGGAACCGGGGCGCCCCGCUGCGGGUCCAGAACCGAUCCGGAUCAGAAGGACUCGGUGGACUCCUGAUGGGGGUCAGAGGUCAUUUCUAGACGGAUUACGGGUCUGGGAGGAAGAAUGUCUGUGAACGAGCUGUUCACCAAGCUGACCCGGGUCUGGGUCCCGGAUCCGGACGAUGUGUGGAAAGCUGCAGAAAUCACCAGAGACUACAAGGAGGGCGAGGCGGUUCUGCACCUGCAGCUGGAGGACGGGACGCCCCUGGAGUACCAGGUGGGUCCGAAGGCCAACGCCCUGCCGUUCCUCAGGAAUCCCGACAUCCUGGUGGGGGAGAACGACCUGACGGCUCUCAGCUACCUUCACGAACCCGCCGUGCUGCACAACCUGAGGGUCCGCUUCCUGGAGUCCAACAACAUUUACACCUACUGCGGUAUCGUCCUGGUGGCUAUCAACCCGUAUGAGCAGCUGCAGAUCUACGGGGAGGAGGUGAUAACCGCCUACAGCGGUCAGAACAUGGGGGACAUGGAUCCUCACAUCUUCGCCGUGGCCGAGGAGGCGUACAAACAGAUGGCCAGAGAUGAGAAGAACCAGUCAAUGAUUGUGAGCGGAGAAUCUGGAGCAGGAAAGACUGUUUCGGCGAAGUACGCCAUGAGAUACUUUGCCACGGUGGGCGGCUCCUCCAGCGACGCCAACGUGGAGGAGAAGGUUCUGGCCUCCAACCCCAUCAUGGAGGCCAUCGGGAACGCCAAAACCACCCGAAACGACAACAGCAGCCGCUUCGGCAAGUACAUCCAGAUUGGCUUCAGCAGACAUUACCACAUCAUUGGAGCCAACAUGAGGACCUACCUGCUGGAGAAGUCCCGCGUCGUCUUCCAGGCUGAAGACGAGAGGAACUACCACAUCUUCUAUCAGCUAUGCGCCUCAGCCAGCCUGCCAGAGUUCAAAGACCUCAGUCUCAUGAGUGCAGAAGACUUCACCUACACGUCUCUAGGAGAGAACAUCUUCAUCGAGGGAGUCAACGAUGCCGACGACUUCAAGAAGACCAGAGAGGCUUUCACGCUGCUGGGCAUAAAAGAGAGCAAUCAGAGCAGCAUCUUUAAGAUUGUGGCCUCCAUCCUUCACCUUGGCAACGUGGAGAUCGUUUCUGAGCGGGACGGAGAGUCCUGCCACGUCGCAAGGAACGACGUCCACCUGCAGCACUUCUGCAGACUGCUGGGUGUGGAGCUGAAGCAGAUGGACCACUGGCUCUGCCACCGGAAACUGGCCACCGCCUCAGAGACGUUUGUGAAGACCAUGUCCUGCCAGCAGGCCGUCAACGCCCGCGACGCCCUUGCCAAGCACAUCUACGCCCGGCUCUUUGACUGGAUCGUGGAGCACAUCAACAAGGCGCUGCACACCUCCACCAAGCAGCACUCCUUCAUCGGGGUUCUGGACAUCUACGGGUUCGAGACAUUUGAGGUGAACAGCUUUGAGCAGUUCUGCAUCAACUACGCCAACGAGAAGCUGCAGCAGCAGUUCAAUUCACAUGUCUUCAAACUGGAGCAGGACGAGUACAUGAAGGAGGACAUUCCCUGGACACUCAUCGACUUCUACGACAACCAGCCCUGCAUCGACCUGAUCGAGGCCCGGCUCGGCAUCCUGGACCUGCUCGACGAGGAGUGCAAGGUUCCAAAAGGAACGGAUCAGAACUGGGCCCAGAAGCUCUACAAGCAGCACUCCAGCAGCGGACACUUCCAGAAACCCAGAAUGUCCAACACGUCCUUCAUCAUCAUCCACUUCGCUGACAAGGUGGAGUAUCAGUGCGAAGGCUUCCUGGAGAAGAACAGAGACACCGUCUAUGAGGAGCAGAUCAACAUCCUGAAGGCCAGUGAGUUCCAGCUGGUUGCUGAUCUGUUCCAAGACAAGAGUGACGCUCCGCCCUCCAAAUCCUCCAAGGUGAACGUCCGCUCCCUGAAACCGGUUCCCAAAGUCCCAAACAAGGAGCACAGGAAGACCGUGGGACACCAGUUCCGCUCGUCGCUCCACCUCCUGAUGGAAACCCUGAACGCCACGACACCGCACUACGUACGCUGUGUCAAGCCAAACGACUUGAAGGAGGCCUUCUCGUUUGACUCCCGGCGGGCCGUGCAGCAGCUCCGGGCCUGCGGGGUCCUGGAGACGAUCCGGAUCAGCGCCGCGGGAUACCCGUCCAGGUGGACCUACCCCGACUUCUUCAGUCGGUACCGGGUUCUGAUGAGAAAGUCAGACCUGACAUCAGCAGACAAGAAGCAGGUGUGCAAGAACCUGCUGGAGACGCUGAUCAAGGAACCAGACAUGUUCCAGUUCGGGAAGACGAAGAUCUUCUUCCGGGCCGGCCAGGUAGCCUACCUGGAGAAGCUUCGGACCGAUAAAUUCCGCUCUGCCUGCAUCAAGAUCCAGAAGACGGUCCGUGGCUGGCUGCAGAGGAUCCGGUACCGCCGGGUCCGCCAGGCCGCCAUCGGCCUGCAGAGAUAUGGCCGAGGUUACCUUGCCCGCAGGUAUGCAGAGUUCCUGCGUCGGAACCGGGCCACCCUGAUCUGUCAGAAACAGUACCGCAUGGUCCGAGAGCGGAGGGAGUUCCUGAGGAUCCGGCGGGCCACGGUCACCAUCCAGGCCUAUGCCCGAGGCAUGUUCACCCGCAGGAUCUUCUGGGAGUUCAUGCUGCACCACAAGGCCAUGCUGAUCCAGAAGCACGUGCGCGGCUGGCUGCAGAGGAAGAAGUUCAGGCGGGCGCGCGACGCCGCCAUCAUCAUCCAGUGCGGCUUCAGGAGGAUGCAGGCCAAGCGGCAGCUGAAGCAGCUGAAGAGAGAAGCUCGUUCCGCUGAGCACCAGAAGAAGCUCAACAUGGGCAUGGAGAACAAGAUCGUCCAACUGCAGAGGAAGAUGGACGAGCAGUCCAAGGAGCUCAAGACCCAGAAUGAGCAGCUGGUGACGGUGAACGCCUCGCUGGGGUCAGAGGUCACCAAGCUGCAGAAGCAGCUGGAGCAGAUCCGCAUCCAGCAGCCUGACGGAGGCCAGGUGGAGUCGCUGCAGGAGGAGGUGGAGAGGCUGCGGGAGGAGCUGCAGGAGGCGCAGGCCCACAGGAAGAGGAUGGAGGAGGAACACGGCAGCGAGAAGCUCAGCCUGAACCAGCGGGUGGGGGAGCUGGAGGCAGAAAACGCUCUGCUGAAGGCGGAGAAGGACGAACUGAACCGACGGAUCCAGCAGCAGGCCAAGAACUCUGCAGCCGACGAGAGCAGCGCCUCUCUGGAGACGGAGCUGAACCAGGAGCGGGAGCGGUACCAGAACCUCCUGAAGGAGUUCUCCAGGCUGGAGCUGAGAAACGACAACCUGAAGGAUGAGAUUGCUGUCCUCAGGUUCCAACCCGGCCACCACAGGAACCCGUCCAACCAGAGCAGCCUGGAGCCGGACUCUAACCCCCCGUCCGUGUCCGUGUCCGAGGUCGGAGACACCGAGGGCGUCAUCGAGCUGGUGGAUGAGAUGGGAGUGGAGAACGCUGCCAUGGACAUCAGCCUGUUCCUGAAGCUGCAGAAACGAGUGAGGGAGCUGGAGACGGAGAGGAAGAGGCUGCAGGUCAACCUGGACAAGAUGGAGGAGCUGGCCAAGCCCAAGGGUCCGGAGCCCAAGACCCCAACGCCUGAUGUGGCAACAGGAGAUCUGGCCUACAACAACCUGAAGAGACAGGAGCUCGAAACUGAGAACAAGAAACUGAAGAACGACCUGAACGAGCUGAGGAAGACCAUCGUCGAGCGGGCGUCGCAGGACAGCUCGUCCAAUGAGCUGCGGGACGGAUACAACCUGCUGUUCGGUCAGCUGAAGUCGGCCAACGAGGAGCUGGAAGCCCGGAAGGAGGAGGUGCUGAUCCUGCGGACUCAGAUCAUCAGCAAUGCCGAGAAGAACAGCAAAGCCAACGAAAGUGAGGUGGACGGACGACUGGACAACAGCAAGGAGCCGCUGGACAAAGAUGAGGCCCUCAAGCUGCUGGAGGCCCAGCUGCAGACCCAAACCCGGCAGCACCGGGACGAGCUGGAGGCGCUGCACACCCAGAUCGAGCUGCUGAAGGACGACCUGGAGAAGAAGCAGGAGCUGCUUGACUACAUGUCCGCUCUGUCCCCCGAGGCCAAGGUGGACUACACCGUCCAGCAGGAGCUGACCCGGCUCACCAACAGCAACCUGGAACUCAAGGGGAUUGCGGAGAAAAUGGAAAAGAACGAGAGGAAGCUGAAGAAGCAGCUGAGGAUCUACAUGAAGAAGGUCCAGGAGCUGGCAGCUCAGGCUGCGGCUCACGAUGUCGAUCAGAACAAGGAUGACAAGAACAAGAUGAUCCGCCAGGAGACCCUGAAGAGGAAGGACAAGGACUUCGAGGGGAUGCUGGAGUACCUGAAGGAGGACGAGGCCCGGCUCAUCAAGACCCUGAUCACAGACAUCCGACCCAGCACGGUGUCGGCCACCGUCCCCUGCCUCCCCGCCUACAUCCUCUUCAUGUGCAUCCGCCACGCCGACUACAUCAACGACGACCAGAAGGUCGUCUCUCUGCUGACCUCCAGCAUCAACGGCAUCAAGAAGGUCCUAAAGAGGAACAACGACGACUUUGAGAUGAUGUCGUUCUGGUUGGCCAACAGCAGCCGCCUGCUGCACUGCCUGAAGCAGUACAGCGGUGAGGAGGUGAGCUGCUCCGUCUGAGGAGCGUCAGGAACG